AUGGUCUCCAAGUACCACGAAGAGUUGCGCAAUGAGGACUUGAGCCUCCCAUUCACCCCGAUGGUGGUCAUCGAACUUGUCAGUAACACCAAGGAGGAGGCCAUACAGUGGCUGGUGAAAAAGAUACGGGACAAGAAGGAGCAGGGAGGAGCCGACCUCAAAGUGACGGCAGUCUCCCGAGGCCAGGAGCUCCUCGACAAAAGCAGUCCCAACCUGCUCCUCGUGGGGGCCUCCAAGAAGCGGCUGCUGUUGGGUGCGGAGGAGACGGGCCUGGUGAAGGAGUGCAAGGAUGGCUCGAUGCGGGCCUUCACCUGCUCCAACAGGGGCAGCUUCAAGAUGCUGACCGAAGACGGCUGCCUGUUCAGCAUCGCCGAGUGUCAGUACAUUAUUAAGCACGCCCUGGACGGGCUGCGGGCCCGACAAGAAGCCAUGGUCCCUGGCUACCCGCUCAUCAGGCUCUACCCGGGGAAGUCGGUCCUGCAGAGGCUGGAAGCCCAAGGCCUCUUGACUCAGGUCUUUCCCCUUCAUAACAAGGACGACCUGAAGAAACUGGCCGAGUUCUGGUAUGGCAAGCUGAAGCCGACCUACCAGCCCCUCGAUGACAUCCGGCACUACUUUGGGGAGGAGAUCGCCAUGUACUUUGCCUUCCUGCAGUAUUUCACCUUGGCUUUGUUCCCAAAGGCCCUCGUGGGUCUGCUGUACUACUUGUGUGCCUGGGAGGACUACGAUAAGUACGUCAUCUUUGCCACCCUGAACCUGGUGUGGUCGACGGUGUUUCUCGAAGUCUGGAAGCGCUACUCGGCCACUCUGGCGUACAAGUGGGGAACCAUCAGCCGACAGCAGGAAUUUGAGGAGCCGAGACCCGCGUUCCAUGGGGUGCUGGGCAGGAAUCCUGUGACUGGCCGGACUGAGCCAGUUUACUCCAAUGUUCAGCGGAGUCUGAAGAUCUAUUUGGUAUCCAUGCCCUUUGUGGUCUUCUCCUUGUAUGUAUCCCUCUGCAUCAUGAUGGUCUACUUUGAGAUGGAGUUCUGGAUGCAGAGCUACAGCAGCAGGCGGCCCUCACCCUGGAGCGGCCUCCUCCUCUACAUGCCUGGCAUCGUGUAUGCCACCAUCAUUGAGAUCAUGAAUCGCAUCAACCGCUUUGCGGCAGAGGUCCUGACCGAGUGGGAGAACCAUGUGCUGGAAUCCACCUACCAGAACCAUUUCAUCGUGAAGGUGCUGGUCUUCAAUUUCCUCAACUGCUUCUCCUCCUUGUUCUACAUCGCCUUUGUAAUGCAGGACCUGAAGCUGUUGAGGCAGAGCCUCGCAACCCUCCUCAUUACUACGCAAAUCGUCUCUCAGGUCAUCGAGGCCUUUCUGCCAUACUGGCUGCAGACCAGGAACAGGCAGAGAAUCCAUAAGAAAAGGAGGGACCUGCCAGCAUACAGGAGGGCGCCUUGGCUGGAGCAGGUGGAGCUCGAGAGGAGCAUGUUGGCCUACAAAGGCACCUUUGAUGACUACCAGGAGCUCUUCCUGCUCUUCGGCUAUGUCAGCUUCUUUUCCUGUGUCUUCCCUUUGGCGGCUUUCUUUGCGGUGCUCAACAAUGUGACCGAGAUGUACACGGACGCCUUCAAGAUGUGCAAGGACUUCAAGAGACCCUUUUUGGAGCCGGCGGCAAACAUCGGCGUCUGGCAGCUGGCAUUUGAAACGAUGAGCGUCGUGGCGCUCAUCACCAACUGCGCGCUCAUCGGGAUGUCUCCGCCAGUCAGGCUGGCGUUCCGUGACGCUGAGGCUGACCUCAUCCUGCUCGUUGUGGCUGUGGAGCACGCCCUGCUCGCUCUCAAGUUCGUGCUCUGUCUCAUCAUCCCUGACAUUCCUCGGGAGAUUCAAACGAAGCUCGCAAAGAUGGAGUUUGAGAAGCUGCAGGCACUCAAGCAACAGCGACUGCAACAAGCCAGGGAGUCACUUGAGCUGAACGGCGGCUGA